UCUGUCAUCAUACAACACUAUCGCAAUACCAUUGACUGUAUUCCCUAUGUUAUACCUUUCAUCCCUGUGACUUAUUCAUUCCAUAACUGGAAGCCUGUAUCUCCCACUCCCCUUCAUCCAUUUGAUGACACUGUUUUAUAUGUUUCACAAAGUUCUUAAUUCUUCAGUCAUGAUAUUCUACAAAAUAGCUCAGAGAGUUGAAGAAAUGGAAAAGUCAGUGACAGGGGGUACACGAAACUGGACAGAAGUUCAGGAAUUCACUCUGGAGGGCUUUCCUGCUGUCCAGAACCUUGGAAAGGUUCUCUUCCUGGUACAUCUGCUGGCAUACGUGGCCUCCAUCAUGGGAAAUACACUCAUAAUCACCAUUACCUGGACUGACCAUCGCCUCCAGACACCCAUGUACUUCUUCCUCCGCAGUUUCUCCUUUUUUGAAUGCUGUUUUGUAACCACUGUUAUUCCUAAAUUGUUGGCCAUCUUUCUGUCAGGGAGGCAAUCAAUUUCUUUUGUGGCUUGCUUCACACAAGCCUUUGUCUUUCUUUUCCUGGGAACAACUGUUUUCUUCCUUAUGGCGGUACUAUCCCUAGAUAGGUACCUGGCCAUUUGCAAACCUCUGUAUUACUCAACCAUCAUGAACCCAAGGAUGUGUUUCCUUCUGGUCACUGCCUGCUUAUCUUUGGGAUUUGUCCUCAUGGUGGUUCCAAUUAUAAUGCUUUCCCAGUCAUCCUUCUGUGGCUCCCAUGUCAUCCCUCACUUCUUUUGUGAUUUUGGGCCACUGAUUCAUCUCUCUUGUUCUGACACCAGAUCUACUGAAAUGUUGGCCUUUAUCCUUGCUUUGUUUAUCCUUUUGACAUCCCUUAUCAUAACCAUCACUGCAUACAGCAACAUAGUAGUCACAGUUGUGCGACUUCCGUCAGCCAAGGAGCGACAGAAAGCUUUCUCCACCUGCUCCUCUCACCUCAUUGUCCUCUCUCUGAUGUAUGGCAGCUGUGUCUUUAUAUACGUGAAACCAAAGCAAACAAACAGGCUGGACUCUAACAGGGAGGCUGCCCUUGUGAACACGGUGGUGACUCCGCUGCUGAACCCUGUCAUCUACACUCUGCGGAACAAGCAGGUCCACCAGGCUCUGAGGGAUGCUCUGUCCAGGGUUAGAUUGCAGAAAUAGAACCAUAGACUGUCAGAGGGAGAAUGCCUCUUCUCCAUCUAAUGCAAUCUCCAUCCUAUUUCUGGAAUCUCUUACAUAGUCUUGCAACUGUGUUUUUAAAGUUUCUGCUUGUUUAUUCUUAGAAUAAGGGCCAAUUUAUCUUAUAAUCCAAUGUACUCCACUACUUGAAAGCUCUAACGUUCUUGUUCAUAUCGAAAUGAAAUUAUCUUCCUGUUCUGUGAUCUUCUGUUCACGAGUUUUAACUCGAUAGGAUUCAACAAAUUUUAAUGUGGAGUCUCAUAUCCAUGAUUCUGUUUGAUGCAUGUGAAAUCUCAAAGUUGAGAAGGUGUGGUUUCAUGUAUCUACUUGUGGUAAGUACAUAGGGAUGGAAAAUGAAAUUCACAAGAAUUAAGAAUAUCAAGUUGGUUCAAGGAUAGAUGUAAUAUGGUCACUAUAUUGAUUUUUGAAGGACACAUGUACAUAACUGUCAUGAUAUUAAUAGCAUUACUUGAAAUGACUCAAUGCAAUUGUUUUCAAUUGUGCAUUGUCUGUAUAUAAAUAGAAUAUAAAUCUUUACAAUUCUAGUUUACGCUAUAAUGAAGACAUAUAAAUGUCUCUAAUUGAAAUUGGAAGUUUCCUUUGGUUAUGCUCAUCUGCUAGUACUGAUUUCAGUACUAAAGACCCGAGGAUGGAGUACCAGAGAGAGAGAAGCAUUAUGAUUUCUGGAACAAGGAAUUGAGUGGUUAAGAUUGUUUCCCUACUACAGAAAAGGAAUUGGGGGGAAUCUAAUCAAAGGUGGAAAGGAGUCUGAUUGUGACUGUAGAGUCUUUCUAAGUAAAUCUAUAAGCAAGUAUCUUUAUUUGUGAAAUGAGAGCUUUGAUGUGAUAAUCUCUGGCUGUCCAUUAUUAGUACGAGUGUGAAAUGACACUACUGAUACCAAACAUGACACAAAGACACACUGUAAUAGAAAUACAAUUUGAGCGUAGAAAAGAGAAAAUGAUGAGAUGUUUUUGUUUGUUUUAAUUUUGUUUAGUGUUAAGUUCACGCAUGACAUCUUUAAUGUGUUUGUUGGCCAUGUGUAUGUCUUCUUUGGGAAAAUGUCAGUUCAGGUCCUCUACCCAUUUUAAAAUCAGAUUAUUUUUUGGGCUUUUUUGGGUGUUAAGUUUUUAAAUAUAUUUUGGAUAUUAACCCCUCAUUGGAUAUGUCAUACGCAAAUAUCUUCUCUCAUUCAGUAGGUUACCUUUUGGUUUUGUUGAUGGUUUCCUAUGCUGUGCAAGUGAUGAGAUAUUUUAAUGAAGAAUUACAACUAUAAUUUAGUUAUUCAAGACUUUGGUAGGAAAGGAUAGAUUUGGACACAAGACACAGUAAGAAAAGUCCUGGAGCUGGUGUUUGCUUGGCAUAGUUGGCUAUCAUGCUUUGCUCUGACCACAUUAUUCUGUGGUUUCAGGCAUAAUAAUUGACUGUGUUAUGAAGAUUUCUGGCAUACAAUUACGAAUGAAUUUGAAGAAUAGACUACUCAACACAACACAUUUUUGUUCACCCUAUGCACAUAUAAAAAUUUCCAAGUAUUUUUUUGUGUCGGCUUAUCUCUUUUUAUGACAUUUGGUAUAUUCCCUUUGCUCAAAGCAUCACAUUGUCAAUGAUUUUUCCCAGAAUGGCCAAUUAACAGUACAGUUAUUGGCAGAAAGGUCUCCCCAUAGGAAUGUACAUGUCAGUGGAGGCUGGUGAUGGCAGUUGGGCUGUAGCAUGCAGCUUGGGGGCCUAGCUGAAGGUGAGCCCAGUGGUGCAAGCUAGUGACAGGAGUCAAGGCCAAAUCUGGGGCCACAUGCAGCUAAUUCAAAAUAUAUAAAGAACUCAUACGAAUCAAUGAUUAAAAAACACAACUCAAAAUAAUUGGCAAAGGACCUGAAUACACAUUUUUUCCAAAGAAGACAUAUAGAUAGCCAA